UGCCGAGGGCGAGGCGGCGGCGCGGCGCAGUGCUCGCCGAGGUUCCGCCGCGACCGGUGCUCCGCGCAAACCACGUCUAGCGAUCUCUGGUUUAUCGCGAUUCGCAGUCUCGAACGCUAAGGUGCCCGUGAUAAUUCCGAUACUAUUCCACCAAUCGCGGCCGGCUUUGGUACGCGAACGAUAAACUAUCAGCUUGCCGGCGAUCCGCGCCGAAUUGAAACUUUUCACGGGUCCGAGCGUCCCGGUAAUAACUGAGUGCUUUUACACGGGAUUCUGUUGCUAAUAUUACAUUAUCUUCGUGUAUAUUGUCUGUGUGGAUCCGACCUGACGUAGAAGAUGAAGUCGAAGGAGGAGGUGGACACGAAGGUCCAAACGGGGACUUUUAUUUUAUCCGAGAAAAUCGACGACACCAAGUCGAAGAAGAGUGAGAAGGAAAUGAAGAAGGAGAUGAAGAAGCUCGAAAAGGAGAAGCAGGAAAGGGAGAAGAGGGAGAAAAAGGCGAGGGAAAAGGAGAAGGAGCGUGAGAAACAAGCAAAAAAAGGCAAGGUGGUGUGCGGCGCGUGCGGCGGCAAGUGCAGCGGCGAGGUGCUCCGCGUGUCGGACAAGUACUUCCACACGGCGUGCUUCACGUGCAGGACCUGCUCCGCGUCGCUGGCGCGCGGCGGCUUCUUCUGCAAGGACGGACACUACUACUGCCCGCAGGACUACCAGCGCGCAUUCGGCACGCGCUGCGCGGCGUGCAACCAGUACGUGGAGGGCGAGGUGGUCUCCGCGCUCGGGAACACCUACCACCAGAAAUGCUUCACCUGCGCACGAUGCAAGCGCGCGUUCCCGUCCGGCGAGAAGGUGACGUACACGGGCAGCGAGGUGGUGUGCGCGGCGUGCACCAGCGCGCCGCAGAAGCACACGGCGCGCGCCGCGCGCUCGCCCGCCGCCUCGCCGCCCGCCGCCUCGCCCGCCUCGCCCGCCGCGCCCGCCUCCGACGGGGAGCGCGAGCAGAGGCAGCCCGACCCCAAUGAAUGCGCGGGCUGCGGGCAGGAGCUGUGCGAGGGGCAGGCGCUGGUGGCGCUGGAGCGGCAGUGGCACACGUGGUGCUUCGCGUGCGGGCAGUGCGGCGCCGUGCUGCAGGGCGAGUACAUGGGCCGCGCCGGCGUGCCCUACUGCGAGCGCGACUACCAGCGCCUGUACGGCGUGCGCUGCGCCUACUGCCAGCGGUACAUCUCCGGCAAAGUGCUGCAGGCCGGUGAGAACCACCACUUCCACCCGACGUGCGCGCGCUGCAGCAAGUGCGGCGACCCGUUCGGCGACGGCGAGGAGAUGUUCCUGCAGGGCGCCGCCAUCUGGCACCCGCGCUGCGGGCCCGCGCCGCACGCGCCGCUCACGCCGCUCGACCUCGAGCGCGCCUCCUCCGAGCUGCAGUUCUCGCUGCGCUCGCGCACGCCCAGCGUCAACGGCUCCUACUGCAGUCCCUACAGUAGCUUGACCAGGAAGUACGGCUACCGCGCCGUGUCGCCGGGGCUGACGCUGCGCGAGUACCGCGACGACACGUGCUCGCCGCACCGCAUCACCACGUACUCGUACCUGGCCGGCGAGCCCGCCACGCUGCGCCGCUGCGUGCAGCCCUACGACCGCCCGCCCACCUCGCCGCACUUCCACCGCCCGCCAUCGUCCGCCAGCACGCGCGCCUCGUCCCGCGCCGGCAGCAAGGCGUCCUCGCGGCCCGGCAUGCGCGUGCUCGUCGACUCCAUCCGCUCCGAGACGCCGCGCCCCAAGUCGCCGCACAUGAACAACGAGGAGCCCAUCGAGCUGUCUCACUACCCGUCGGCCUACAAGCCGCCACCCGGCACCAAGCCCAAGAUUGAGCGCGAUGACUUCCCCGCGCCACCCUACCCCUACACAGAUCCUGAGCGGCGGCGGCGCUGGUCCGACACGUAUAAGGGCGUGCCCGACAGUGACGACGAGGGCGAGCGCGUCAACGGACUGAACGGGGACGUCGACCCGCAGCUGCGGAGGGAGGAGCAGGAGCUCGCCAAGAUCGAGAGCGGCAUCGCGCAGGUGUUCCUCAAAGAAGUGAAGGAGCGCGAGAAGCUUCAGCAGUGGAAGAAGCAGAACCUCGACCCCAGGAACGCCAGCAGGACGCCGUCGGCGGCGCGCGAGGCGGGCGCGCGGCUGCGCUACUCGUCGCCGGUGGGCGCGUCGCCGUCGCGCACGCUCGACCGCCCGCGCGCGCCCGAGCCGCUGCACCACCACGUGCCCUCCUACAACGUGGUGUCGUCGCUGCGCGCGGCGCCGCGGCCCGGCUACGGGCUGGCGGCGCGCUCGCACACCUUCUCCUCCAGCACCGCGGGUGACUUCACAUUCAGCGGGCUUGGCGACAAGACGCACAGCACCGACUUCAGCAGCGGCAAGUCAGACAUAUCUGCCGGCUCUAUCACGGACGUCGAUAGAAGUGCUGUGACGACGGACGGCGUGGCGGCGCGCGGCGCGGCGGGGGCGGGCGCGGGCGCGGGGGCGGGCGGCGGGGCGGGCGGCGUGGGCGGCGUGGGCGCGCGCGGCGGCGGCGUGCGGCGCUCGCUGCCCAACAUGGCCACGUCGCACCUGCUGCACGAGCCCGCCAAGCUCUACCCCUACCACCUGCUGCUCAUCACCAACUACCGCCUGCCGCCCGACGUCGAUCGGCUCAAUCUCGAGCGGCACCUGUCGGACGCGGAGUUCGAGGCCAUCCUGCAGGUCGGGCGCCAGGACUUCUACCGCCUGCCGCAGUGGCGCCGCAACGAGCUCAAGCGGCGCGCGCGCCUCUUCUGAGCUCCCCCCACCCCUCCACCCCCUCCCCAUCGUCCACUCCCUCUCUCCUCUCACUUUGGAACUCGUCUAAGUUAUUUAUUCCUCCGUGUCUCGUCUCGGGGAGAACCGAGCCGUUGCGAUGCGACUCGCGUGUCGCGUCGAGCGGCCGAUGUAGCGCUUCGACUGUUCGCGUUUAAGAAUAAUAAUAUAUUGAUAUUA